CGACAACGAUUUCAAGGAAAUCGAUAACAAGCUGAUCUCUCAACGAUCCAGAUCCUUAGCCAACUCUCAUCAAGUCGAUCUCACAUCUGACAAAAUGGAUUUCCUCGUCAACCGUCCCAACCGAGUCCUCGAGAAGCAGAAGUACCUGCAGUCCUUGUCCGGCAAGGAGAUGGUCUUUUGGCGAGGAACCAGGUCGAAGAUCUACGUCACCGCCUACUGCGCUCUUCUCGGAGUUUCGCUCCUCGGAACCGGUACCACUCUCGUUCGAUACGCUUUCGGUACCGCCCCCAAGAAGGGCGAGCCCGCUGCCGAGUAAACACUCGCGAGGCGAGCAUGGAAUGGGAAAAAUUGUACAUCAAAUUGAAGUGUAGCGGGAUGCAUGGGAAGCACGGUCUUGCGGG